AUGACGACUACCAACUCCCCGCGCCCCAGAUUCUGGCCUUUGCGGCAACCGACCAAGAGUCCCAGCUGCGCCGACAGUCCGUCACCGGUGAGCACGUCCAGAGGGCGCGGAUCCUUAAGCCAGAUUAGCAACCGCCACCGUGAGACCGACCCAACAACUAGGGUCACGACUUACGAUGCUUUCGAGGACAACGUCGUGCAGGGAGAGCUCCCAAAACAGCAUCAUCGGCAGUCGCAGGAGCCCGAGAGCAUUGGUGAGCAAGAGGGGGCGGCGGCUUCCAAGCCUUCUCUCAUGCCGCAUCCGUAUACCGCCGCCGCCGUCAACGAGGCGCCGUGA